UCCACGUCAUCUUCUUCUUCACUUGAGCAGUGACGAUGUUCGGAGAAAAAAAGGAAGAAGAUGGAGCAUCAUCUUCUGUGUCUCUCCAGUUCAUCGCUUGCUUCAGUUCUACGACUCCCCAGAACGGCUUCGCAUUCAACCGGCUCGCUGAUCCCUUCACCUUCCAUGUCGAGGCCUAAUCUCUCCGUGAGCUGCAGAGGGAGAUUCGGAGGCGGCGACGGCCCUCUCGACAGCUCGUCCGCUCGCGAUGUCCUCGGCGUCGAGCCGAGCUGCUCCCCCGCCGAGCUCAAAGCGUCUUUCCGAGCCAAGGUGAAGCAGUACCAUCCUGACGUGAACAGAGAGGGGGAUUCUGAUGCGAUGAUUCGGCUCGUGAUUCAGGCUUAUGAGAUGCUAUCCAACUACAGCCGGUCUGAUAUCAUUGAGAGUGAAUGCCUAGAUCCUUUUGAUGAGCCAGAAUGUGAGGCACUUGAUCUGUUUGUGAAUGAGCUUCUCUGUGUCGGCAAAGGGUGUCCAUACUCAUGCGUCAAAGCAGCCCCACAUGCUUUCACGUUUGCUACAUCUGGAGGAACUGCUCGUGCAACUUCCCGAGGAAAUGGUGAUGACUAUCAGGUGCAAAUUGCCGUUGGUCAGUGCCCGAGAAAUUGCAUUCACUAUGUAACUCCUUCUCAGAGAAUAAUCCUAGAAGAAUUACUUGACAGUGUAAUGGGCGUGCCGUAUGAUACUUCAGCUGAGGCAGAUCUGCUAUACUCUUUGAUUGUGAAAGCCAAGUUUGAGAAUAAUCGGUUCCGGAAGCCAAAGAAGCAGCCCAAGAGUUCGACCAAUCAUGUAGAUUGGUACUGAAAUGUGAAGUGCAGCUGCUUGUUCUGCGGUAACAGCACUGAUGCGUUACUCUGUUUCCAGUCAAGGACAGCAAGCUGAUACUACCAUGAAUAUGGUUGUCAUUAAUCGAUACAGAUGGUACUAGAUGAUACAACCUCAUCACCUGAGCUGUUUUAACGCGAGGAGAGCCAGGGCAAAUUAGUUCUGCAAUCAUUAUUUCAAGGAUAAUCUGGUUUUUGCA